AUGGCAACUGCACAAGCAACUGUUGUGACAGUCGGCCCGUUGGGAGACAAUCCGGUUCAGAUUGCCUGUCCUAAAUGCCAUCAGACUGUCCUCUCCAAGGUGGAUUACUCCUCUGGUUUACUCACCUACCUUUUCUGUGGUGGCCUCUUCUUCUGCGGCUUUGUUUUAGGUUGCUGUCUCAUCCCAUUCUGUGUGAACCGGCUGAAAGAUGCAAAGCACACCUGUCCUACCUGCAAGACUGUACUUGGCGUGUAUAAACGCUUAUAAUUGAUCUGGUGUCCUUCCUUGGGUUCAUCAGUUCACCACUCUGCAGACAACAGCGUUUCUGCCUCCAGGAGAAUGAAUGAACCAGUGUUGAAUCUGGAAAAAUUGCUAAACUUAGUUAUAUU